UACUGUGCCAAAAAUUUAGUUCGUCACUGUAUAUAUACGAAUCAUUUCGUUUUUAUAUUUUGUCCAGUGUGGUUUUUCAUUUGACAUAAUUUACAGAAUGUCUAAGUCAGUUUUCCUCUUGUAUAUUUUGAUUGCUGUGCAUCUGCAAGAAUCCUUGACAUUUAAUGCGACUUUGUCGACUCAGAGCACUGAAGGACAAUGCGGUGGAUAUUGCUUUAAUGCUCUGAAACCGAUGCUGGACCACAUCGCUGCCAAUCAGCAGCGAUGGAGUAGCUGCGAUGCCACCCUGCUGGAAAGCACAGCCAGACAGGACAGUAUGGAGAGCCAGCUGGCUGCCCUGAAGGAUAAAUUGUCCUCAAUCGAAGCAGGGAAGGAGGUGCCGAAAGUAAAUAAGCUGGAAAACUUCGUUCAGAUCGGUUCGCGCUUCUUUUACAUCGAGGAGCUUCGCGAAGUCAAUUGGUUCUCCGGAACGAAUAUAUGCCGUCAGAUGGGUGGGUUUCUGGCGAGUCCGAGAAGCGAGGAAGAGCUGAUUGCCAUUAAAGAAAAGCUAAAAAAAGGCCGCCAGUAUUGGCUGGGAGUUUCCGACUUGGCCAAAGAGGGCACCUUUGUGUCGCAGGCCACGGGAGACUUGGCUCCUUUGCUAAAGUGGAGUCCUUCCCAACCAGACAAUCAUGGAAAUAAUGAACAUUGCGUACAUCUUCAAUAUGAAAAUUUCUCGAUGAAUGACUUACCAUGUACUUAUAAGAACUAUUUCCUUUGCGAGGCAGGUGAUGGAUAAUAAUAUUUUCUGUCGAAGAAG